AUGACUUCUAGUUGGGAGGAGCUUGCUGCAGACAAACGAACUCGUAUCGCCAGCACGAUACCUUCGGAAUGGUUGAUUCGAGACCUUCCAAGCGAUGACAAUGUCUUCGCAUUUCCGAAAGCAUCAGGGCUUCUUUCUGCGCGAGAAAUCGAGCUGACCGAGUCUUCGGCCACUGAACUCGUUGCACAAAUGGCUGAAGGAAAGCUCAAGUCCGUGGAUGUCACACUCGCCUUCUGUAAAAGAGCUGCCCUAGCACAGCAGUUGACGAAUUGUGUACACGAGUUCUUCCCCGAGGAGGCUCUCGCACAGGCUCGAGAUCUAGACAAGUAUUACGCGGAGCACAACACGACUGUUGGACCUUUACAUGGUCUUCCAAUCUCUUUGAAAGACCAACUGCGAGUGAAGGGAAAAGAAACAUGCAUGGGCUACGUUUCCUGGCUGGGAAAGUAUGAUGAAAAAGACUCCGUUCUUACAGAACUUCUUCGCAAGGCAGGUGCUGUCUUUUAUGUCAAGACAAGUGUCCCUCAAACCUUGAUGGUCUGUGAGACUGUCAACAACAUCAUCGGAAGGACCACAAAUCCGCGCAACAAGAACUGGUCGUGCGGAGGAAGCUCGGGAGGAGAAGGAGCUAUGAUCGGCCUCCGUGGAGGCAUCAUCGGUGUUGGAACUGAUAUUGGCGGCUCUAUCAGAAUCCCAUCCGCCUUCAACUUCCUAUACGGCAUCCGUCCUAGUCAUGGUCGAAUGCCCUACGCAAACAUGGCGAACAGCAUGGAAGGUCAAGAAACCAUCCACAGUGUCGUCGGACCUAUUGCUCACUCUGCGUCUGACUUGAGAUUAUUCUUCACAUCGGUGCUCCGCGAAGAGCCCUGGAAUUACGACUCCAAAGUCAUCCCAUUGCCUUGGAGGUACAACCUAGAAGAUGCUCUGAAGGCAAAGCUGAAUUCAUCCGGCCUGACCAUCGGUUACUACACAUGCGACGGCAACGUUCUCCCACAUCCUCCUGUCCUACGUGGAAUCGAACGCGUAAUGGACGUCUUGGAAAGAAGUCAGCACAAGGUUCUACCCUGGACUCCAUACAAACAUGAUUUUGCUGUCGAUCUUGCUAACAAGAUCUAUGGAGCAGAUGGCUCCACGGACGUAAUGAAGGACAUCAACGCUUCGGGAGAGCCAGGAAUUCCAAACAUCAAAGAACUCCUCAACCCAGAUAUGCGAAAGGCUGACUUGAACGAUGUGUGGGAUAUCCAUUUACAGAAGUGGGAUUACCAGAUGCAGUAUCUGUCCAGAUGGCGAGAGGUCGAGGCCGAGCAUGGUUGCGAACUUGACUGCAUCGUUGCUCCUAUCAGUCCAACCGCUGCUAUCCGACACAACCAGUUCAAGUACUAUGGCUACGCGUCUGCCAUCAACUUACUCGACUUUACGAGCGUCGUUGUCCCGGUCACUUUUGCAGAUAGCAAAAUCGAUGCCAAGCGUGCAGACUAUGAGCCUCUGAACGACAUGGAUGCAGCUGUCCAGGCCGAAUACGACCCCGAAGCAUACCACGGUGCUCCAGUUGCUAUUCAAGUCAUCGGAAAGAGGCUCAGCGAGGAGAAGACAUUGGCGAUUGCUGAGGAAAUAGGCAGCAAGGACUAUGGCAGCUUCGCACCGUUUGCCGUCAGGGCGGGCUUGCAGCCCUUCAUCGUUCUUCGAGAUCCGGAGCAGAUGAAGCAGGCUAUCCAGGCAUAUGAGAAGCGAAAUCCAGUCAUCACCGGGAAGAAUAUGUACGAGAUCAUUCUGGGUUCUCCUCAAGCUGUAGCAAAUCUAUACACCAAUGCGGCCGUCGAUCAAGGAGCCAUCGAGCGUGCGCGCAUAGCAUCAACGCAAAAGUACCUAGAAGGAGAGUCCUUGAGAACCUUGACCGACCUCUACGCUGCAACUCUUUCGCGCAAUCUGAAUAACAAGAUGUUUCAAGUCGGCAGCUGGACACAGAUAGAAGACAGCUGGUCGUUUUUCCAGCAAGUCCUCACAAGGUGUUCUAUGGAGACCCUCUUCGGUUCAGCAAUCUUCAAGCAAUAUUCUGGACUCAUCAAGGACUACUGGAAAUUUGAAGAUGCCAUUGAGGGCUUCGUGCCGGGGAUGCCAUGGUUCACAAAUUCAACGGCAUAUAGGGAGCCACGCGAUCGACUAUACAAAGGCGUCGAGAAGUGGUUGAAAGCUAACCAUAGCGGCACGGAAUUUGCAAAGAUCGGUAGUGACGACAUGGAUUGGAAUGAACAUAAGGGAUCCAAAUUCAUUCAAGAACGCGAUGACUUACUUGCGAAAGCCCCGUUACCUCUUGAAGCUAGGACAGCGGAGAUGUUGGACAUCAUGCACUGCUCGAAUGUUGAUCUGGUUCCUUCCGCUGUGUGGUCAAUAAUAGAAGUUUUACGCAAACCGUAUCUGGCGGAACGCAUCACUACUAUCGUCUCUGAGCGACAAUCGUCGAAGGCGACCACAUAUGACGUCAAUGGGGUUGCAGCCUUGCCCCUCGUUCAAUCGUUACAGGCGGAAAUAAGCCGCCUCCGUGUCGCACAAUACAUGACAUGUGCCAACGAGUUCGCCGAAGUUUCCAUCGGUAGCCAAUGGAAACUACCCAAGGCAUGCAACACAAUUUCCUUCUCGCAUGAUAUCGCACUGGAUACCAAGGCCUGGGCAAAUGCACGGCCACGUACUGUUGAGAAACCAUUAGAUGAGUUUUGGCCUGAACGCUUCUUGAUCCCCGAUGAUAAUGGACCCAAAGCGCGAGGCCAACGGAAGAGCGGAACCCGUGUCGAGAAUGGAAGGUUCGAUGCGCAGAACCUCGAGCUGCUGGCCCCUAUCUUUUACGACCGACAAAGCUUUGGAAUUGCUAGCGACUAUACCAGAGCCAUACAAGCAGCCACUCUGGCUGUCGUCAUGAGUGAAUUCGAGGUACAGUUAUGUGACCCAGAGGCGACCGAUGCUGCGAUGCCUGUGCUGCGAGAGUCCGCUUUUGGGCAGCUCCGACCACAGGAACGAAUAGCUGUGCGCAUACGCAAACGCAAACUUGGGAAAGGACAAUGA